CGCGGCUCAGUGUUAAGUAGCAGUCGCAGCCAGUGCACCGCACGCUCGUGUCUCUCGGCGCAGUGCUUCUCAGUUCUGCAUCGCAUUCGGAUGCAUUUGCUCGGUCAGUGAUGGGUGCCUCGUCUAUGCUUUCGAUGUUGCCGCUGGGAUAAUAGUGCCAAACAAAAAGUUUCUGCAAAGCAGGAGGUGGUGUGACACACAGCAAAGGACACUUUACCGCAUGUCGAGCGCUGUCGCUGUCCGAUUUGGCCUAAAUGACACCGAAGCGUAGCGCCACAUGUCCAUUAUACCAAGGAUCCCACAGGUUGCUAUCUCAGCCAAGUUCCUGUCGUGUAUCUUGAUGGUGGUGAUCUGCGGUGCGGUGCCCGGCAUGGUACAAUCACAAUCAGUCCGCUUGCACAACGACUGCAGCAGCAGCGAGUUGCAGGUGGACAACCUGGGCAAGGUCUAUGCCUCGGACAAAGGACAUUGGAACGAGCUGCGGCUGCAGUCGGUGGGCUUUGGCCAGAUGACGAUCUUCGCAAAACGCGCCGAGCGGUACUUGUGCUUCAACAAAAAGUGGCGGCUGGUGGGCGCAAAGAAGGCGCACGGCAAGCGGUGCCACUGGCGGGAGGUAAUGGAGCAGGGCUACAACCGCUACCGCUCCCUGGCCAACCUCAACUACUCGCUGGCCGUGAACCCGCAGGGGCGGCCGAUGUGGGGGCCGCGCACCGAGCGGGUGCAUGGCAGGCACGGCCGGCGCGCUGUCAAGUGCAGCCACUUCCUCAAGCAGGGCCUCAACCUGGCCUCGGCCAUCGACGCGCACAACAAGGGCGAACACAAGUACUCGCCACAGCUGCCGACGCGCAAAGUGCACCACACGCACCGUCGCCAGCCCAGCAGCUGAGCCCCGCCCCCGGCCCCCUAGUCACUUGUUCAACCGUUGGCCGCCCCCGAGAAGAAAUCGAGACGCAACCCCCGGACACACGCACUCGCACCGCGGUGCAAAGAAGAAAAAGUGCGCGCGUGGUGGGAAGAAAAAUAAUUAUGUAUAUAAUGAAAAUUUCCUGUACGUUCGUUACUCAGUUCGGCGCCGCAAGCGUCUAUGCAAGUGUGCGGGGGGCGUGCAACCCCCCGAUCUAUCUGCUGCACAAACAUUACACGAUGAGAGAGACUUAUGCCUAACUUAAUGAUAACUUGAUUACGCCAAUAAAAACGGACGCUCGUGCAAGUGGAAGAGUAUUUGUUGCCAGCAAGCGCGGAGUUUGAUUCUUGUUCCGGAAACAGCCAGUGAAUUUUGUGUCACACACACUCUCACACGCUUGAUGAAAGAGUGCAGCAACAGGUGGUGUUUAAUUUAUUUUGUGCUGACUGGCAGGGUGCGUGUCUGCCCGGUAAUGUCUUCUGUUCUGAUUAUUCGUCCAAGUGCGGAUUGAGAAAAAAAGAUGAAAUAAUAAAGACGAUGAUGAAAACAGAGCAAAAGGUUGUUUUGAAAAUGG